AGCGUCAGCAGGGGGACGUCAGGUAAGCAAAAAGACAACAACAACAAAAACAGCCGCGUCGUCGUCGUGGAAGCUUCAUUUUUGUAUCCUGGUACCUAUUUCACGGUUCCGGUUCGUAAUUUCGGUAGUGACCAAGUCCGUGAACUUCAAUGACCUCGUCUCAGGACGCUUGCUACAUUUCCCUGCUGGGACUGGCGGAAUACUUCCGCACGUCUUCGCCGCCCAACAUCAAAAAGUGUAUCCAGUGUCUGCAGGCGUUGUUUACGUUCAAGCCGCCGCUCAAGGUGGAAGCCCGGACGCACCUGCAGCUGGGACAGAUCUUGAUGGCCUACACGAAAAACACGGAUCUGGCAAGGAACCAUCUGGAGCAGGCGUGGAUGCUGUCGGAAAAUAUUAAUAAUUUUGAUGACGUUAAGUUCGAUACGGCCAGUCUGCUGGCGCAGUUGUACCAGCAGCAGGAACAAAGCUCGCUGGCCAAGCCGGUCCUGCGGAAGGCGAUCGAACUAUCGCAGCACAAUGUCUACUGGCACUGUAAAUUGUUGUUCCAGUUGGCGCAAACGCAUGCAACCGAUAAAGAAUACGCUCUCGCUUCCGAGUUGCUGGCCGUCGGAGUAGAAUCGACCGACGAGACCAAUGCAACCUACUUGAAAACGUUAUUUCUCCUUAGCCGGGCUAUGAUCAUGAUGAUCGAAAGAAAGACUGGCGAUGUUCUAGCCAUAUUGAACCAAGCGGGAACAAUAAUCGAUAACGCCGUGCAGAACAUACACCUGAAAGAAUAUUUGAAAGUGUUUUUCUAUGUGCUCCAAGUGUGUCACUAUUUGCAGCUGGGGCAGGUGAAAACGGUUAAAACAAGCCUCAAACAGCUGCAGCAAAGCAUCCAGACAAUCAUGGCUCCGAACUGGCCGUCUGAUGAACAAAUAUUUGGCCAGAGCAAUACGGAGAUGUUCAUGUGGCUGCCGAAGGAGCAACUUUACGUGCUGGUUUAUUUGGUCACGGUGUCGCACUCGAUGAUGGCCGGCUACAUGGACAAGGCGCAAAAGUACACCGAGAAAGCGUUGACUCAAAUUGAGAAGCUGAAAUCUCAAGAAAACAAACCUAUCCUGGCGGUGUUCCAGAUCAUCCUGCUGGAGCACAUCAUCAUGUGUCGCCUGGUGAUGGGCAACAAAUCGUUGGCCAUUAAGGAGAUUGCUUUGGCCAAAGACGUCUGUCUGUCGUCAUCGAACAAGUUUCUCCUCAAGAAGCAUUCCGCCCAGUUGCAUUGCCUGCUGGGCCUGUACGCGAUGUCUGCCAGCUACUUCGAGCAUGCCGAGAGACAAUUUUUUGCCUGCAUCAACGAAACGACCGAGCGGGAUCUCAAGUUGUUUGCCAAUCUCAACUUGGCCAUAGUCUACUUGAGGAUGAAGCGCGAGCAAGAGCUACGCCAGAUUUUGGAGCAGGUGCAACAGGAGAACUCCCAGUGCUCGAACAGCCAGGCGCUUAUGGGCAGCUUCUAUUACGUCCAAGGAUUGAACGCUUUCCAUAAGAGCAGUUUCCAUGAAGCCAAACGUUUCCUGCGUGAAACUCUAAAGAUGGCCAACGCGGAGGACCUCAACCGGCUGACCUCGUGCUCGCUUGUGCUGCUCAGUCAUGUAUUCCUCAGCAUUGGCAAUUCCAAGGAAAGCAUGAACAUGGUGACCCCGGCCAUGCAGCUCGCGUCCAAAAUACCGGACAUCCACGUGCAGCUGUGGGGAAGUGCCAUACUGAAAGACCUGCACCGGAUGCUGAAGGAACCGACACUGGAAACCGAAGCGUACAACAAUCACUGCAAUUUCUCGCAGAAUCUGAUCGCCGAUCAGAUGAAGUGCACCAAAUUUCCGGAGCAUACGCUCAUUAGCUGGGUACAAGGAGAUCCACCGCUACCGAUGUUGAGUCAGGAAAUAUUGGAAGCGCCCCCUGCUACCACACAUCAGCAGCCAACGGCCACCGUGGUGCGACUUCCCGGACAGCCAGGUCAGCAGAUCAUAUAUCAGUAGGUAAGUGUAAGUGGUGUGCAUUGAUUGGUAUGAACCGCGACAUGAUUGUGAAUGUAUUAGACAUUUUUUGCCGUGUAUUUUUGCAAUUAACUUUUAGCAAACGUAUUAAGAUAUUACAGUUUUCAGUGGAAUUUA